CCGUCGUCGGGUAAGGCUGCGCCGCUCCGCCUUUCUGCCUCCCACCAACGUGUCGCCAAAUUUCCACUUGUGUAGCACAAACCCGAAAAACGACAACACUGACGAACGUUUUCCCGUACCGGCAUCCAGUGUACGGAUGGCCAGGGCUAGGUGCGCCGAGCCCAAGGGUUUUCUAAAUGAAAAUGUAAAACAAAAAAACAACACAAGGAAUUCGACCCCUGGCGGACAGGUUUUACGAAGCGAGAAACAUUACGAACAUAGCCUCGGUCGGGUUAAUUAACACCUGAAAUAAACGACAAGAAGAAAUAAGCGAAAACAAACAGCACUAAACACCGAAAAACUCUAUAAAAAAAUAAACAUUUGAUCUCCGGUUUAAAAAAAAAAAAAAUUUAGACUUUAUGAAUCAAAGCAAAAACACUAAAUAAAAACACAAAAAACACGUCAAAAAACACUCAUACCUCAACGACUAUACCUUGGUGUUUGGAUAAUGACAAUCAACGAAUCAAAACAGAACUCUUAAAGAAAUUAAUAAAAAAAACAGAAGUAAACAUCCAUACAUAAAAAAACAUCUGUUUGGUCAUGGGUGUUUGUUGACAUUAUGAGGAACUAUGAGAAGACCUGAGUCCUCCCUGGAUGAUGACUGAGUGGACGAUGACUGAAGCUAUCAUGGUGACCUUACAGUAAUCAGUCGACUGUAGAAAGUGAGGGGGAGGAGGAUGGGAGACUGUUGCCAGAUGGGCGUGGCCACCCUACUGACCUGUCUGGUUCUCCAGGCAACAGUGGGCGUGGCCCAGCAGGGUCCCCAGUCCUACUAUUGGUCAAGAAAUCGGGGUGACUCCUCCCACUUCUCCCAGCGCUCCUCGCACAUUGGUCCGCUACCGCAUGUGAAUGACGUCAUGACGGAGUGGUCACGCUGGAGCCCCUGGGACCGUUGUUCGAGGUCAUGUGGUGGCGGCGUCAGGUCCAGGAGCCGAACCUGUGUCACUAGGUUCCCCAGGGUGAUGCCGGGCUCUGGGGUGAGGACGAGCCAUGACAGGUGUGCUGGGGGUGACAGUGUGGAGUACGGGGUGUGUGGGGUGGCUCAGUGUCCCCCCGCCCAGGUGUCAGGUCUCUCCUUCAGGGCCGCCCAGUGCCGACACUACAACAACAAGAGAGUGUUUGGCCGUCUCGUCAACAACUGGGUCCCUUAUACACAGGGAGGCAUCAACCCGUGCGCCCUGGUGUGUGAGGGAGAGGGUGAAGGCAUCGUGUACACCUUCGGGAAAGUAACUGACGGCACCCACUGUAAGACGGACCUCUCACAGGACGGCCUCUGUGUUAACGGCCGCUGUCUGCGUGUGUCGUGUGAUGGUCGUCUGGGAGGCAACGCACGGGAGGAUAUGUGUCGUGUCUGUGGGGGCAAGAACGACACGUGUACACAUCAUCUGGGCGUGUUCCAUACCGACCUACCAGCCGCCGACCAGCCGCCCCCAGCCGCCUCCCACGCCCAGGUCGCACGCCCGAGGAGCUUCGGGUACUACGAGGUGACCAACAUCCCGCGAGGCUCUACCAACGUGAACGUCCGCGACACGUCUCUAAUCCCUGUGUCUCUAAAGGAGGGCAGCAAGUUUAUGCUGAACGGUGAUUGGUUGAUCGACUGGCCGGGGGAAGUGGAGGCGGGAGGAACCUCCUUCACAUACUCGAGGAGCGAGGACGACUCUGAGAACCUCUUCACCCUGGGCCCAACCACUGAGGACCUCACACUUAUGGUCCUUCUACGAGAACACAACCCUGGGAUCCACUACGAGUACUGGACCCCAAACUCUCAGGUCUCCCCAGACACAUCCCCUCCCAUCGUUGUCCCUCUGCCACCGGCGGACACCUCAACUACCACCACUCCUGCCACAACCACCUCCUCCUCUACCUCGACCACCACCACGGCGACCACCAUCACCUCAGCGACGGCGCCUCGACCUGCCAUACUAACAGGCGUCAACGUCACCAGAUUUCAUAAGCCGCCUCUCACCAGGACUCGGCCCCCUCAGCGCUCCGAGAACGAGAUACACACACCCAAGAAACCAAAGAAACCUAAGAGCAAGGGUGAUGGUAAAGGGCAGAGAGGGAGGAAAAGGAAGAAGGGCCAAAGGGGAAAGAAAGGGAAGGAGAGAAAAGGCAAGACGGAAAAGAAACAACGAGGGAGGAAGGGGAAGAAAGGUGGUGGAGGUAAGAAGAAGCUAGAUGUGCCACCCACCUGUGGACCGUGUGAGAAGCCCAGACGACAGACCAAACACAUGUUCUGUACCAGCGACUUUGUGUCGCGGGUGGAGGUGGUAGGCAGCGAGGCGGUGGGAGGAGAGCGGCGCCUGGAGGUGGUGGUGCAUCAGUCCUACAAGAACACCGUGCCGCUGCUACACAAGGAGUUCCUCUGGAUCACCAACCCCUGCCAGUGCCCGCUGCUCCGUCACGGUCGAUCCUACCUGGUGAUGGGGGUCACGGAGCCCACGGGAGGCCGCGAGGUGCGCUUGGUGCUGACCAGGAGCAGUUACGUACGCCGCUACAAGCCGCGCAACUUGGCCAGAAUACUGCGCAUCAGACAUAACGAGAUGCGCUUCUGUAGACCCUGGAGGAGGGACCUGCGCUUCGUCCAGACUACAUCUCUCAACAGCACCAUUCCUGCCACCACCUAGUGCUGCCACCACCUAGCGCUAUCACCACCUAGUGCUGCCACCACCUAGCGCUAUCACCACCUAGUGCUGCCACCACCUAGCGCUAUCACCACCUAGUGCUGCCACCACCUAGUGCUGUCAGUCGAUACAGUGUCACCAUGUAUUGCACUAAACGUGGCAACACCAAGUGGCUCCUAGCACCGAGGAGUUGCCGGGAACGCCUAGCUCUGCUCCUGAUGGCACGCUGUCAUAAACUAAAGACGACCAGGAAUAUUGUGGCGCAGUUAGAUAGCGACAAAGUAUGAACAGUGAGAACUUAAGGACAAAUUGAGGUAGUGCACACUGUGUGGUACCUAGUUAAUGUACAGACAUAAUGGGGAAUAUAAUGAAGCAGACAGAAUAUAGUGGCGCAGUAGCUGAUGUAAUGGCAUAAUGUACAAUAUUAAAGUGCUUAGAAUAUAAUGGCGCACUGGAAGUAUAAUGUUGCAAUGGGAACAUAAUGGUGCACAGGGGAAUAUGGCGGCACAGUGGGAUACAAGACGACACUUAUAGCAUUUAAUGGUGCAGUGGGACGUAUAAUGGUGCAUUUGGGGACAUAAUGAAAAUAUAAUGGUUCGCUAAUAUAAUGGCGCAUUUUAGGAUUGGCGUGUAGGACAAUGUAACAGAGCAUUGUGGAGCAUAGUGGCGCAGUGGGAACAUAUACGAAAAAAAAUAAUGGUGCAAUAGCUAGAACAGAUCAUCAGCACCAUUAAAAAUCUCCACAGUGCCAUUAAGAACUCCCCAGCACCACUAAGAGCUCCUCAAGACCUAUAAGAGCUCCUCAGCACCAUUAAGAGCUCCACGGCGCCAUAAAAACAACUUCCUUUCUUUUGCUUCUUGUCACCAUUAAAUUAUCAUCAUCA